CUAUGGUCGUUACCAGGUGUCCGCGCGCGUGGCGGUUGCCCUGACAACAAUGUGAUAAACAAUAUGGCGGCCCAAAUGGAAAAUUCAGAUCAAUCCGCUGCAGCUAUACAAAAGAGUAUUUCGGCUGCUUUUGAUAUUUUUGACCAUGAAUCGAAUAAAACAGUUGAUAUGAGGUGAGUGCAUUAUAUAAUUUGUUUGAAAAUUGGGGAUUUAGUUUAGUUUUAAAUUAAAUACUUUAUUGGAUAGUGACCAAACGGUAAGAGUGCGAACGGGACUCGAGGUCCCAUGCGAGGCACUCCUCCGAUUAAAGAUUCAACAACAGACAAUAUAUGUAGAAUAAAAUAUACAUAACUACAGUCAUAAAUAAACAUAUGGCACCAACUCGAAAAUCAAAUUUCUUUAUAAUUUUCUAGGGAAAUUGGUACAAUCGUGAGAUCUCUGAAGUGCUGUCCAACAGAAGGGGAAUUACAUGACAUUUUAGCUGAUGUAAUGUGCCCAAUAAUUCUGAAUGCUAUAAAUUUGUAAUCAACUUCUCAGGCUUUAGUUGUUUCUUAAACAAAGAUUUACUGUAUACAAACUGAGGGUAGUUUCGCAAAUUUAGUCUUCAAUAAUUGAUUUUUGUGUAGGUGCAAACUAGGUGUCAACUUUGUCAUAUAUCUAUUAUUUCUUUGAAUGAAUGAAUGAAUGAAUAUAUUUGUGCAAAGUGCAUCCAAAUUGCCAUCAUUUGUAUUAAAUGCAGUGAUUUCAUUUAUUUUGUUAGGUGGAAGAAGAUGAGCCAACAGGAUAUGUAAGAUAUGAAAAAUUUGAACCUGUCAUGAUGAACAUUUUAAUGCAGAAAAAGUUAGUUUGUCGAUCUAUAUUGAAAAUUCUUUGUUUUAUUAAUGAAAAUCUAAGUCUUGACAAGCAUCCUCUUGACAAGCUUUUCAGCAAAUGGUUCAUCUAAAUAUCAAUAUGUUAUAAUACAUAUACAAUACAAAAAUUGCACAUUGCAAAUUGAACUAUUAUACACAGGAGGAUUUAUAUUUCUACAUAACAUGAUGUUGAAUUUAUUGUCUUAUUUACUUACUGUAGAUACAGGCCAUGUUCAGAAGAGCAGUUAAGAAAAGCUUUUGAAGUUUUAGAUCAGGAUAACAAAGGUUAUCUUACGACAGAAGAACUUACAAAAUAUGUGACUGAAUCAGGAGAACCAUUUACACAGGAAGAAAUGGAAGAAAUGAUGUCUGCUUCAGUUGACCCUGACCAAGGAGUUGUAUUUUAUAAAGACUAUAUACCUAUGAUGGUUGUAGAGGAAUCCUAAGAAAUGUACACCUUGAUGAAUGAAUUUUUGGGGAAUGUGAAUGCACUGAUAAUUGUUAAGGUGUUGAACACCUCAGAAAAAAGAUCAACAAUUGGAGUAACUUAUCGAAAGAGUAAAGAAAAAUUGCAGAAGUUGCGCUAAAAGAAAUCUUAGCAAUUAUAGGCUACCCUAUAUAACUCUUUAGAUUCAUAUUCAAAAACUCUUUGUUCUUAUAUGAAAUGCUGUCACAAUUCCCAUGGCCACUUAUUCUGACAUGCCCUGAGUUACCAGCUGUUCCCACUUAACGGGAGUAGCGGCUCGAAAUAUGGAUUCACCAGGUUAUCUGACGGCAGAAGAAGAAUAUGUGAAGAGAGAAUAUAUUGUUCGUCUAACUUUCGAGUUUUGUACGGUUUGGUACAAUGCGAAUUUCCUUAUCCCUAUCUUCAUCACGUUCGUAACUAGUUUACUCUUUCAGUAACAUUCUUAACCGCCGGAUUCAUCCUUUAACAGCUUUACGUGCUGGUAGUUAUAGUGAAAUUGCGUGCAUCGCGCUGUAUAUUUCUUUCGGAGUAGCUUUUGAGUUUUAUAACCGAUUUAUUAUAUCAUUUCGUUGUGCGGUAAAAUACGAAAGUAUACACACUACAGUUUCUUGUCGGAUAAUAAUGAAGUUAUAAUAAAACUUUACAUCGUGUUUGCGAUAUAACAAACAAACAAUGCAAAAAUAAUUAUGAUACAUAUUCGAGUUUUGUAAUUUGCUGUCAUUCAUGUUGUUUUCUUUAACUUAAUUGAAUGAAACUACAUGAUGUUUGUAAUAUAUUAACAAACACAAACACAAACAACGCAAAUACAGGCUACGUUUUCACUCUACCGGAUGGCUUUCCGUAGCGACGUGAAAAACACCCUAUCCGUACCUUUUAGAAACGCUAUUUUCAGAGGAAUUAUUGCAACGGAGAGAUGUUGUUUCGCUCAGCUUCUGAAAGUUGUAGGCCCUACAUUCCGUAUGGGAUAGUUGCUUUUUCGCGCC